GCAAAACAAUUUCACGUCAAAACCGAGGCGGAAUCUCUCCACCGUUGGAUCUCAAACCAUCACUCCACCCGUCAACUACGAACCACCCUCACGCCUCAUCAUCAUCUUUUUCACCUAACUGCUUUCGCUCUUCUCCCUAAAAUAAGAAAAAAAAACUUUUUAUCUCCUCUUCCAAAAUCUUCGCUUCUCCUACGCCACCCACUCCCGCUCUUCCCCCCGCUGCAUACUGGGUUUUGGAGAUUCAUUUCUGAUGGAAAGUAACAAGGAGGUUGUAGAUGAGCCUCACUUAGUAGAGAGAAAUGGUGCUGAGGAUGAGGUUUCUGAACUGCCAGUAGAGGAGAAGGAAACUGUCGAGUCAAAAGUUGAUGAAGUGCUGGCUAAGGGAAUUGCAGCAGAGAUGUCCAGUGGUGGUUUGGAGGAUAGGGAUACAAUAGUGGAUGAAGGCAGCAAUGCUGAGAAUGUUGAGGUUGGUGUUGGCUCUUUGCAGGACAAGGCGGAGUCAGAUUCAAUAGAUGAUGAUGAAAAGUUUGAGGAGGCAGUUGAAGCUGUUGUUGAGGAUGAGAAGUUUGAGGAGGCUGUUGAGCCUUCUCCUGAGGCUCAAAGUGCUGAUGAUGAGACAGGAAGGGAGCUAGAGGUUCUGGGAAAUAAGGACUCUGCAGUUCAGGAUCAAAAUGAUUCAGAUCAAUUUGCGAGGGAUGAAACUGCACAAUUGGAGAAAUUUGACAGUGUUGAGAGUGGUAAAGCAGAGGUGAUGGAAUUUGUUGAUUUGGAUGCAACUAGCAAAACUGAUACUUCAAUAUAUUUAGUUCAAGAGAAUGAAAAAUCUGAUGUAGUUGCAGAGAAGCCUGAAAAUGGAGUUUUGGAUCAUUUGAACCCAGAGGAAACUCUAACCUCUGAUGCUAUUAAGACCUAUGUCAAUGAAAAUGAUUCGAUGACUGUAGAUGAUGGCAAACAUGAUGAGGGAGUUCAUGAAAAGUUGGGAAUGCGAGAUGCCAAUGAAGUGAAAGGAGGUCAUGGCAAUCCCCAGAAACCGGCUGAAUCUUACAAAGACAUUUUGCUUCGAUCCAAAAAAUCUAUUGAGGCGAGGGAAACAUCCGAUACAACUGAUACUGGAUUUCAGGAUGAGGUUGACAUUCAUAAUUGCAACUCAGCUAUCCCUGACACUGAAUCGAAGGGUGAGAAGUGUACUGAUCUGGAUGAGAAGGAUUCAUUGCUUCUGGAAUCGGUGGACUCUGAUGGUGAGAUUGAAGAGGGGAAGGAUGUUCCUCCAUGUGAUACUUCAGUUAAUGGACACCAUGGAGAAAGUUUACUCUUCAACGAGGGAAUGAAGGAAAAGCAAUCACUAGUUCUUAAAUCAUUGAAUUCAGGUAAAAAUGAUGAAGAGCAGAAGGAUGUCCGGAGCAAUGAUGAUGGCGAUCCAGACCACCAAAGAGUAAGCUCCAAAUUAUCUAUAGAAUCAAAAGAAAACGAAUUACCUGAUCCAGCUACCAACCACCAUGGAGACAGUUCAGUGGGAAAUAGAGCAACCACUCUUGAAGUUGUUAGCUCUCAUCCAUCCAAAGAUUCCAUGGGGUUGCCGGUGCUUAGCUCCUUUAAUCAGGAUAACCAGUAUGGAGAGCAGAAGGAUGUCCAGAGUAAUGAUACAGUUCUGGACCACCAAGGAGGAAGCUUUAAGUUACCUCCAGAAUCUAAAGAAAAUGAAAUACCUGAACCAGCUAUUAAGCACAAUGGAGACAGUUCAGUGGGUUAUAAAGCAGUUGCUCCUGAAUCCAAUUGUUCUCAUCCAUCCAAAGAUUCCAUUGAUGUUGAGACCUGUGCUAGUUCCUCUGACUUGGGUGUAGAAAUUUCAAAACAUCCUCAACCUCAAUUCGUGAAAUCUACCCCCGAGAUCCCCAAAGCUGUGGCUAAGGAGCCUGUUGACGUUAAACAAGUGAUAUAUAUGGAAGCAAAUCAAACUAUUCCUUUGAAUGGAGAAGAGGAAACCAAAUCUGUUACAGAUUCAUCUUCCUUUGCUGUAUCUGCAAGAGAAGAUGAAACGAAAUCUGCAACAGAUUCAUCUGCCCCUGCUGCUGCAUCUGCAAGAGAAGAGGAAACUAAAUCUGCUACGGAUUCAUCUUCCUCUGCUGCAUCUGCAAGAGAAGAGGAAACUAAAUCUGCGACAGAUUCUUCUUCUUCUGCUGCACCUACAACACAUAUUGCAACCCCUACUCGUCCAGCUGGCCUUGGGCGUGCUGCCCCGCUGCUGGAACCUGCACCUCGGGUGGUGCAGCCACCUCGAUUGAAUGGAGCAGUAUCACAGGUGCAAAACCAACUUGUUGAAGAAUCCACAAAUGCUGAGGGUGAAGAAAAUGAUGAGACACGUGAGAAGCUCCAAAUGAUACGAGUUAGAUUUUUGCGCCUUGCUCAUCGGCUUGGGCAGACUCCACAUAAUGGUGUUGUUGCUCAGGUCUUGUACAGACUAGGAUUAGCUGAACAACUGAGAGGAAGAAAUGGAGGUCGUGUUGCUGCUUUUAGCUUUGAUCGUGCUAGUGCUAUGGCAGAGCAGCUUGAGGCUGCUGGACAGGAACCCUUGGAUUUCUCUUGCACAAUUAUGGUUCUUGGGAAGACAGGGGUUGGUAAAAGUGCAACCAUAAAUUCCAUAUUUGAUGAAGGUAAAAUUGACACUGAUGCUUUCCAAAUUGGAACAAAGAAGGUUCAGGAUGUUGUUGGAACUGUGCAGGGGAUCAAGGUCCGGGUAAUUGACACGCCAGGACUUUUACCUUCAUGGUCAGAUCAGCGCCAAAAUGAGAAGAUACUCCAUUCUGUCAAAAACUUUAUCAAGAAAACACCUCCAGAUAUUGUUCUGUAUCUUGAUAGGUUGGAUAUGCAGAGCAGAGAUUAUGGUGACAUGCCAUUAUUACGGACAAUAACAAAUAUAUUUGGAUCAUCAAUAUGGUUUAAUGCUAUUGUUGUUUUGACACAUGCUGCGUCUGCUCCACCUGAAGACACGAAUGGUACUGCCACAAGCUAUGAUGUUUUUGUAACUCAGCGUUCACUUGUUGUGCAGCAAGCUAUUCGUCAAGCAGCUGGAGAUAUGCGCCUUAUGAAUCCUGUUUCUUUGGUGGAAAAUCACUCAGCAUGCAGGACUAAUAGAGCUGGGCAAAGAGUAUUGCCUAACGGUCAGGUUUGGAAACCUCACCUGUUGCUUCUGUCAUUUGCCUCAAAAAUUUUGGCUGAAGCAAAUAAACUUUUGAAGUUGCAAGAUAGUCCUCCUGGAAGGACUUUUGCCCAUCAAGCACAAGCACCUCCCUUACCCUUUCUUCUAUCAUCCUUUCUGCAACCAAGACCACAGGUUAAAUUGCCAAUGGAGCAAUUUGGUGAGGAUGAUGAGGCUUUAGAUGAUGAAUUGGAUGAAUCCUCAGAUUCCGAAGAUGAGUCAGAGUUUGAUCAACUGCCUCCAUUUAAAUGUUUGACCAAAGCCCAGCUAGCAAAGCUCACAAAAGAGCAAAGGAAGGCAUAUUAUGAUGAACUGGAAUACAGGGAAAAGCUUUUUAUGUUGAAGCAGUUGAAAGAGGAGAGAAGGCGGCGGAAGGCAUUGAAGCAAAGGCAAGCCGCUUCUAAAGAUUUGCCUGCUAAUUCUGAAGAAAGUACAGAAGAGGAUAUUAAUGGUGCAGCUUCUGUUCCUGUGCCCAUUCCAGACAUGGCCUUACCUGCUUCAUUUGAUUCUGAUAACCCAACUCAUAGAUAUCGUCGUCUGGAUUCUUCUAAUCAGUGGUUUGUGAGGCCUGUCCUAGAUUCACAUGGUUGGGACCAUGAUGUUGGUUAUGAGGGCAUAAAUGUGGAAAGAUUGUUUGUGGUCAAAGAGAAGAUCCCUAUAUCUUUCUCUGGUUCAUUAUCAAAGGAUAAAAAGGACAGCAGCCUACAAAUGGAAAUAGCAAGUUCACUGAAUCAUGGUGAUGGGAAAGCAACCUCUUUAGGCUUUGAUAUGCAGUCACUAGGUAAGGAUAUUGCUUAUACCCUUCGCAGUGAGACAAAGUUUCUUAAUUUCAGAAAAAAUAAGGCAACUGCUGGUCUUUCGGCUACUCUCCUGGGUGAUGCCAUAACUGGGGGGUUUAAAGUUGAAGACAAAUUUAUUGUUAGCAAACGCGGCCAGGUUGUCAUUUCAGGUGGUGCCAUGUUUGGUCGUGGGGAUGUUGCUUAUGCUGGUAGCUUGGAAGCCACAUUGAGAGAUAAAGAUCAUCCCCUUGGCCGUUUUCUAUCUACUCUUGGACUCUCUUUCAUGGAUUGGCAUGGAGAUAUUUCUUUUGGAUGCAAUUCUCAAACGCAAAUACCUGUUGGGCGACACACAAACUUGAUUGCCCGUGUUAACAUUAAUGAUAAGGGUUCUGGACAGGUCAGUCUUCGCCUGGCCAGCUCUGAACAGCUUCAGAUAGCCUUAAUUUGCCUGGUUCCUCUUGCCAGAAAGAUACUAGGUUAUUGUCAGCAAGUUCAAUACACUUAAUAUGACGAAAUCAGGUCAUACAAGAUUGAGCAGUCAUAGUCAUUAAGUGUGACUUCUGCAUUGUUCUUUAGUUCAUGCUUAUCAAUUAAAAGCUUUGUGUGCAGACUCACUCAAUAUUGUGUAGGAGAAAGUUUGGAUGUGGAGAACCAUUGUCAGAGUCUUGUUCGGCUUUCUGAAGGAUCACCUGUCUGGAAAA